UCUAUGCAUUGUUGGGAAGGGCUGUAAGUAAGCAUUUCACUGUUCGUCUACACCUGUUGUUUACGAAGCAAGUGAUGAAUAAAAUGGGAUUUUGAUUAGAUUGAAUGAUUUAUGGAAGUUUCCCUAGCCUCGAGUACCACACUCCUAUCAGAGAGGGUCUUAAUAUACAUUAGGCAUGUUUUCCCUGUUUAUAACAUAUUCAUAACAUAUUAUAUAAUUAUAAUAUAUGUAAUUUUGCUUUAAUCCAAAGCAAUUUACAGUCAUGCAUGCAUAAAUCUUUGGUAUGGGUGGUCCCGGAAAUCAAACCCACUAUCCUGGCGUUGCAAGUGACAUGCCCUAACAACUGAGCUAUGUAUAGUCUUACUGUAUAGUGUUGGGUGGCCUGGUAGCUCCACACACUGCGGCAGAGAAGGUCUUUCCUGUACAGGACCACCAGGAGCAUGAGAAUCACUACGAAGAACGCCAGGCAGGACACUACAGAAAAGAAAACAACAAGAAGACCGGCAUGAAGAGACUUUAUAAAACAUAUGUGACAUUAAAGUAAACAUAUAGGUUAUGCACGAUUGCUUUUACAUAUUUAUUUAUAAAAAUGUAAAAAAACAUUCGCACAUCUGAGCUAUCUUUUUUGCAGGUGCAUGGUAACAGUUGAACAAGAUGAAGGAAAAAGUAAACCGCACACGGCUCUUGAUAGUAUCACUGAUCUUUAAUAAGCUUACGUAUCAGCCUAACACAUGCAAAAUAUACAUAACCUAAACAACCAACAGUUAGACAGUCCUGUAUAAGAGCAAAAGGUUUAUGUAGACUGAAUGCUGUAUGAUAUGUUCAUAGUUUAGCAGCCUGCUUAGGUUAUGUGACUGCCACCACUCACCCGAGGCCACGAUGACCGUUAUCUGAUCCGCUGUCAGUGUAGGUCGAAUAGUUGUAGUUGCAGACGAAGACAUCUUAAACUAAAGUAAGUCCGUAUAAGUAGCCUUGUAAACCAGGUCCUGCUAUGUAGACAGUUCUAAAUAAAAAACGUUGGCUUUCUUUCGCUCCAUUAUGCUUCUACUGUCCAAACCGCGAAGAUUAAACCAAUUGAAAAAGAAAAUCGAUAUUAUCUUCCCCUUCAUUCGAGGACAGAGCCCCACACUGUUAAAUCCAGUUAUGCUGCAGGAGUGUAUCACCUACUGUCUGUCCGAAGUUGGAACGCACUAGUUGGAGAGAAGGGGCCUAGCAUCACGUGUACCCGCCCUUCAAUGGUCCAUUUACGUACUUGGCUAAGAUACAGACCUUUCACGUCUGUUUAGGUGAAAAAAAUAGCAGCCUACAGGACACAUGCGAUACACGGAUCAGAGCAUUGUUUCAGUUGCAAACUGGUAGGCUACAGGCCAGACAGAUCUUUGGAACCAGAAUUAUAGAAAGCUUCAUUAAUUCAUAGCCGACGGAUCUAUGCAUCUUAAUUCAUUCAGUAAACAUGCGAUGGGAUUCUCUGACUUCCCCUCCCUGAAACUACCGACUCUGAGUUGACAGGCUCAUUAAAAUGUGCUAUUAUCACAUCAGAAAGAUUAUAUAUCUUCUCAAAAUAAAUAUAUUUAAUCUAUCUACAAAUUAAGGAGAUGAAUGAAUUAUCUAGCUCAGCUCCAUGAUGCGCUCAGGAGGAAUCCCCCAGCCGUUCGUGUUAUUCGGGAUCCUACAACAAUUGAAGUUGAAAUGUGAAAUGGUUAAGGUUAGGGUUAUAGUAAGGGUAGGAGUUAGGGUUUUAGGGUGGGGACGUCCCAAGGAUCCCUGUUAGCACUGACCAUUCCCCAACCCCCUCCUCCCACUCCCCUCCUCCUCAUUCAGAACUAUCCGUGGUGCUGAACACGAUUCGCUCUGACGUUGAUACACUGUCACGUUGUGUGUGGUGCUGGCUGUAGCUGUAUGGUACAGUCAGCCUCCUACAUAUCUUACAUGUAAGUCAUUACAGAGAAAAGCUGUGGGCAACAUGCCUGGUAUUCGUGUUGGGGGUUUCGUGGUUUCACACAAAGAAAAGUAGGAAGGAGAGAGACAAAGGGAGAGAGAAAUAGAUAGUUGUCAGGAAAUAUCUGGCAAAUUUUCUAAGGGGGCAUCAUUGAUUUUGGCAUUGUAUCCUGGUCUGCCUUGAGCGCUUCGAGAGGAUGGAGACGAUGGAGUCCAUGGAACCGAUAUCUGCGCACUACACCACGGCAUACCCGGAGAUCCACCCCGAUAGCGCCUAUGGAUCUACGGAAGGGGAGGAGAACCAUUCACCGUCUGCCCCACCAGCUCUUUCAUACGACGAAGAAUUAAUGCACAAGACUAUCCUGGUGGGGGAUAGUGGAGUGGGUAAGACAUCUCUUCUGGUCCAGUUUGACCAGGGCAAGUUCAUCCCGGGAUCCUUCUCUGCUACUGUUGGCAUCUGCUUCACGAACAAGGUGGUGACUGUAGACAACAUGAAGGUAAAACUACAGAUGUGGGACACUGCAGGCCAGGAGCGGUUCAGGAGUGUGACACAUGCCUAUUACAGGGACGCCCAUGCCCUACUCCUUUUAUAUGACAUCACCAGCAAAUCCUCCUUUGACAACAUACGGGCGUGGCUUACAGAGAUUCAUGAGUAUGCACAGAGGGAUGUAGUCAUCAUGUUGCUGGGCAACAAGGCAGACAUGGCCAGUGAAAGAGUGAUCAGGAGAGACGAAGGAGAGAAGCUGGCCAGGGAGUAUUCUGUUCCUUUCAUGGAGACAAGUGCCAAGACUGGGGUGAACGUUGAUCUGGCUUUCAUUGCAGUGGCAAAGGAGCUGAAGCACAGGGCAGUACAUGGCCAGCAGCCCAACGAGCCCAAGUUCCAGAUUCAUGAGUACAUUGAGUCUCAGAAGGAAAAGUCUGGUUGCUGUAGCUACUUCUGAUGCAGAUACCCCUUUCUCUCACCUCUGACUCUAUACUCCCCCGAUCAGCAACAGCUCUACCAGGUACAAUCAAGGGGAGUGAAGAGGUGCCAUCUAAGUAGUACACAGCAAGGAACUUACAGGGAGGGAAGUACACCAACUAAUCAGCUUCGGAUGAGUGUGGGAGAAUUGGCUUUGGGGUUUUUCUAUUUAUCUUUUACACAAAUACAGAAAUGCCAUAGAAAUAUUUUCCCCCUUUUACAAGGAAGAGCUGUCUCAAGAUUAACACAUUUCCCCUAGGACCCAUGAUACUGUGUUAUCAUUAAAAUGCAGUGCCAUGCAUGUGUCACAAGGUGGAAAGUGUUGGGUUCUAAGUCUGGGUUGAGCAGGCAGAGUGAAGUAGAGGCAGACAAAAAAAGGAUGUUUUCAAACAUUUAUUUUCUAUGGCAUGGUUUUCUCCACAUAAAUUGCGAUCAAAGUUUAAGCAUGUUCUCUGUUAAAAUUCUUACUUCAAUUCCAUAAUUAUUUUCCAUACUUCGUAGCAUGCUCUUUUACUUUUAACUUUAAAACCCAUGCUAGUUGCAACCACAGAUAUACAAACCAAACAAAACAAAAAGGGUCCCAGGAAGUGAUAGAGCCCAGGAGGCAGGCGUCUAUUUUUUCAAGAGCUCAAUUUCAGCUUGACCAAACUCAAUUAGCAAUGUGCUCUCACCAAUCAAAGCCAUAACACGUUCCGGCACAACUUGGGACCCACCAUGCUUCCAGACAACAUUCACUUCCUGUGAGCAGCUGCCUGGAACACAAAAACAAAUGGGUUUAAAUACAGCAUUCAAAAGCAUAUGAUGUGUUAAUCAACCAACACAAAUGCUUCCAUGCAAAUAACUCACACCUGCUUUCAGAUAUAUAAUAAUACAAUUUCAUAAUAUUAUGCUGCUGAAGUUAUUUCAGGUUGUCAAUUUUAAUAUGAACUUGAGUAUUUUAUUCAGAAUAUUACAAUAUGUUAUUUACCUGGUCAGUAGUUUCUUGUGAGAAUGCCAAAUGUUGUAUUUGAUGUAUGCUGCAUGAAAAUUAUAUUUUCUCAAAUGUUUUGUAUUUGUCUCUCACUUCACUGGGAAUAGUGUGUGUGUGUGUGUGUGUGUGAGAGAGAGAGAGAGAGAGAGAGGGAGCGCUCAAAGUUGGCACACACCGCCAGAGGGCAGUGUCUUUUCAUUUAUGUUCUGUUAUUCCCUGAAGGCAUCAUGGUCAAAUGUAAAACAAUGAAUGUAAUGUUCUUAUAUUCACAAUUGUGUGCUACAUUGAACUUAGAAGGGUUUUAUAGUUGACCUAUUUUCAUGAGAUUUGUUUUUAUUCUUUCGGGAACAAAGAAACGUGUUAUCAGUUUGGAUUAAGUCCAUGGAUGAGGAAUCAUGAAGAAGCUUUGCAUUCACAUAAAUAGCCAUAGCCUAUCGAUGACAGUGUCUAUAUCAUAGAGAUCCUAUUAAAUUACUUAUAACAAAGCAACAGCAAACAUGUCGUCCCACACAAAUGAUGCAGCACCCCCUUGGGCCAAUCAGUGUCAUUUUGUAAAUUACAGAUCUUUAUUGUCAAGACGUAUUAUUCACCUAAGUUUCAUCAAAAUCGAGCCAGUGGUGUCUGAGAUAUCGCGUGUGACUAAUGUACGUACAGUUGAUUACUAUGACUCCCCCCCUCCCUUGGGCCCAUCAGUGUAAUUUUGUAGAUGAUGGAAUUUUAUGGCAAGAUGCAUCAUUCACCCAGUCUUCAUCAAAACUGGGCCAGUGGUGUCUGAGAUAUUGUGUGGGUUAGCUAGACUUAUAUGCCUGACCAUGUAUGCCAAAUUUCAGCACUCUAAGUCAAACAGAUCAAGAGGUAUAAACAUGCCCGUUAUAAUGCCACCGUGAAGUCGAUAUGAAUGUUCUUGCAUAUGUUGUCUUGACAGGGUUUGCAACAUGUGUAACACAAUUUGUUACAAUACAAAUAACCUUGACUGAUUUACAGUGCCUUCAGAAAGUAUUCAGACCCCUUCACCUUUUCCACAUUUUGUUAUGUUACAGCCUUAUUCUUAAAUGGAUUAAAUAAAACAAAUUCCUCAUCAAUCUACACACAAUACCACAUAAUGACAAUGCAAAAACAGGUUUUUAGAAAUGUUUGCAAAUGUUUUAAAAAUAAAAAACAGAAAUACCUU